AUGGCCUCUAAUCUAAAAGUCAUCUUCCUCUUUCUUUCGUUGCUUCAGUGUGGAGGGGGAGAUGUCGCCGUAAAGCAGAAGCCUCCAAUCCAGGUUGCACUGCUGAAGGAAGGAAUAUCCAUCCCCUGUGAGGUCAGCUUCCCUUACAUGCCAAAGUACACCAAAUUUUCAAUCUUCUAUUACUGGAUUAAUUCACUGGACCAGAAAACACCCAUCUAUAGCAGGUCAGAAAAUGUAGCCAUCCCUUCUGGAAAAGAGAAUAAGACUGCUACCUUAACUUACAACCACAAAAUUGUGCCACUUGAAAGCACCUCUCCCACUGGCACAUACUACUGUGAGGUCAAAUGGAAUGGCAUCCAGAAAAUGGGAAAGGGAGUGUUUGUCCUUGCUAGAGGUACAGGGUAUCCAGAGACCUCUUAUGGGUGGGAAAUCCUCAUUACCCUUACUGUUUUUCUUGCUGCAUUGAGCAUCACUGCAACAGCUCUGCUUCUGUGGAAAAGAAAGAUGUGGUGCCCUAGAAGAAACCGGCUAAAUGUCCUGAAUCAGAAGGUGGAAACACAGCCCCCUUCAGCCAGCCCACCACCACCACCAUCUCCUCCUCCUGUCUAUGAUUGCCUGAAUCUGCAGCAAGUUGAGGUCUAUUCUAUCCUUGAGAACAACACAAACAACCCAUCACCCAAGAAGAGCCCUCCAGGGAAGACACCUAAGAAGCAAGCAUCUCUAGAAGAAUCCUCUGAUACACUGUAUGAGAAUAUCUAA